AUGGCCGUGCCAGAAAAUAGGAAGUGGAUGGAUGCUAGAUUAGAUGGUCGUAAGCGCCUGACAGAAGAAUUUGUUGUAGGAGUUCAUGAGUUUAUCAAGCAUGCUUGUGAACAUGAUCAGUUUCAUGCCGGAGGUGGGAAAAUUAGGUGUCCUUGUAAGAAAUGCAAGUGCCUAAGAUUUGAAGAAAUAGACACGGUGAAAGUCCAUCUAUGCAUGAAAGGUUUCAUGAUUAAUUAUUACCAUUGGACGUAUCAUGGAGAACCAAAUCCCGAAAUUCCUCCACCUGUUGUUGAUCACUCUUACUACGACAAUAGUUGGCAAAGGGAAAUGUAUAAUAAUUAUGAGCAGUUAGUGAUGGAUGCUGCUGGACCAGUAGUUGGAAAUCAUCUUGAGCAAGAGGACACGAUGACUGAAGAUCCUAACCUUGAAGCAUCUGAAUUCUUUAAUUUGUUGAACGCUGCUAAUUCUUCUCUAUGGGAUGGUUGUGAUAAGUAUUUUAUGUUGUCAGCUUCUUUAAAAGCCCUAAGUUUGAAGGCGGACUAUGGUUUAUCUGAGGGGUGCUUUAAUGAAUGGGUGAAAUUUAUGAGUGAUGCAUUGCCCAACGGUAAUUGUAUGCCUAAAAAUUUAUACCAUGCGAAGAAAACAGUUGCUGAACUAGGGCUAGCAUGUGUGAAGAUUGAUUGUUGUCCUGGUGGUUGUAUGUUGUAUUACAAAGAAGAUGAGAUGCUCCAAAGUUGUAAGUUUUGUCCUGAGAAGCGGUAUAAAGAGGUUAGAAAACAAGGUAAGGAAAAGUUGGUGCCCCAGCAAAAGAUGUGGUACUUUCCGCUUGUUCCAAGGCUACAACGCUUGUAUUCUUCAAUGCAAACAGCUAGUCAUAUGAGAUGGCAUCAUGAGCAUUACAAGGAGCCUGAUUUCUUGUCUCAUCCAUCAGAUGCGGAAGCUUGGAUGAAAUUUGAUGAAGCAUGGGGUACUUUUGCUGAUGAACCUCGAAAUGUAAGAUUAGGCUUAUGCUCUGAUGGCUUUGCUCCAUUUGACAUAUCGGGAAAGAAAUAUUCUUGCUGGCCAGUGAUUGUUACUCCAUAUAAUUUGCCACCAUGGAUGUGUAUGAGAAGAGAGUUCAUGUUCCUAACCAUCAUGAUUCCUGGGCCGUCAGCUCCUAAAAAGAGUAUUGAUGUGUAUUUGCGCCCCCUUAUAGAUGAAUUGAAGAUGUUGUGGGAGGAUGGAGUUAUGACUUAUGAUGUGUCGUUGAAGCAAAAUUUUUUGAUGAAGGCUGCUGUAAUGUGGACAAUCAAUGAUUUUCCAGCAUAUGGUAUGUUAAGUGGUUGGAUGACAAUGGGGAAACUUGCUUGCCCUGUGUGUAUGGAGCGCUCUAAGGCUUUUUCUCUUGCAUAUAGUCGGAAGGUCUCAUGGUUUGAUUGUCAUCGCCAAUUUUUAUCAGAAGAUCAUGAAUAUCGGAAAUGUCCGAAGAAGUUUACAAAACGUAAAGGUGAGACAUCAACUAAACCACAAAGGUUGAAUGGUGAAGAAGUGUGGGAAAGAAUUAAACAUUUACCAAGUAAGGAAGAAUCAAAGGAAGGGCAUUCACAAGGUUAUGGGGUAAAGCACCAUUGGACUAGCCGAAGUAUAUUCUGGGAAUUGCCUUAUUGGAAAAAUCUUCUUCUCCCACACAAUAUUGAUGUAAUGCACACUGAACGAAAUGUAUUUCUCAAUAUUUUGUUCACUGUGAUGGACACCAAAGGAAAAACAAAGGAUACCUUCAAAUCUAGGAAGGACUUGGAAGAAUAUUGUUUGCGUGGAGGUUUAGAAGUACAACAAAGUGAGAAUGGGAACUUUUUUAAACCAAAGGCACAAUAUGCAUUAACCAAACAACAAAGGCUAGCUGUUUGUGAAUGGGUUAAAAAUCUUAAACUUCCAGAUGGGUAUGUUUCCAAUUUGGGCAGAUGUGUUGACUUGAGUGAAGCAAAAUUGUCUGGCAUGAAGAGUCAUGAUUGCCACGUAUUUAUGCAGCGGUUGCUUCCAAUAGCAUUCAAAGCUUUGCCCAAGCCUAUUUGGAAUACACUUACUGAAUUUUCUCAAUUUUGGAGAGAACUUACUUCAUCGUUGUUGAUGGAAAGUAAAUUGCGCAUUAUGGAGGAAAACAUCCCAAUAAUUUUGUGCAAAUUAGAGCAAAUAUUUCCCCCAAGUUUCUUUGACUCAAUGGAACACCUCCCAAUUCAUUUACCGUAUGAAGCAAGAGUCGGAGGUCCUGUCCAUUAUAGAUGGAUGUAUCCGUUUGAGAGGUUUAUACGAACCUUAAAGCAAAAGGUAACUAAUAAGGCUCAUGUAGAAGGCUCAAUUUGCAAAGCGUAUUUGCUAGAGGAGAUGUCCACAUUUGCUUCAUAUUAUUAUCCUCCUGAUGUUCCAUCAAGGAGAACAAGAGUGCCACGAAAUGAUGGAGAAUGUUCUUCUCAGAAUCCUCCGUUAUCUAUUUUUAAUCAUGCAGGUCGUGGUUAUGGAAAAUGUAUCACAACUACCUUGGACGGAAUGGAAGUGAAAUCUGCCCAUUUCAUGUACUCAGAUCUACUACGCGAACUUGAUCCAGUGAUAAAUGAUGCGGACUUGGACAAACAAAUUUCCAUGAAGUUUCCCACUUGGUUUAAAACUUAUGUGCUUGACUCAAGAAAUCAAAUUACUGAUGUGCUUUUGACGAGUUUGGCAUGGGGCCCUCUUAGAAAUGUCAACAAAUGGCAUAGUUAUGUUAUUAAUGGAUACAAGUUUAUUACAAAAGCACAAAAUGAAGGAAUGUGUACAACAAAUUUUGGUGUAUGUGUUCGAGGUGGGCAAAGUGAUACCGUGGACUAUGAUUACUAUGGGAUGCUAAUUGACAUUGUUGAGUCGGAGUACACUGGUAGUCCUACAAAGAAGUUGGUUUUAUUUAAGUGUGAUUGGUUUGAUUCUAGCCCUCAAGGAACAAGGAUAGAUUCUUACGGCAAUGUUGAGAUUAAAAAAUCUAGGAGAUACUCAAGUUAUGAUCCAUUUAUACUAGCUCAACAAGCAGAGCAAGUGUACUUUUCAUCUUAUCCCGAAGGGCAACAAGGUUGGUUGGCUGUUAUAAAGACCAAGGCACGUAAUACAAUCCUAUCUUCGGGAAAUAAGAAACCUGAUGAUGUUUAUCAAGAUGAUGAUGUAGAAACAAUCCCCGCAAUAAUUGCAAAUGAUGAUCUUGAGGAGAGUCUUGUGGAUAUCAGUGGUGUAGGAGAAGAAUUACCACCGAACCAAAUGGAGUUGGAGGAUCAAGAGGAAGAAGAUGAAGAUAUAGAAUACUCAUCAAGUAGUGAAGAAGAUGGAGAACUUAUAGAAGAAGAUGGAGACUUGAACUAA